AUGGAAUCUUUUAAGUGUCUCAACCAGCAAGUGUCAGGAAGGAAAGCAGGAGAUACACUGGUGAGAGGUGUUGUAGAGAGAAUCACAAGGAUCAAGCUGUUAUCAGGAUACAAUUAUUAUCAGCUGGUUGUUGUACAGAUGGCUGGAGAAAAAGGGAAUCCCAACAAUGUGACAGAAUUCAUCCUUUUGGGCAUGAUGAAGAAUCCAGAGCUGCAGAAAAUCCUCUCUGCUGUGUUUCUAAUCAAGUAUGUGUUCACCAUUUUGGGAAACUUCCUCAUUGUGGUAACUAUGGUCACAAGUCAGAGUCUGAGAUCACUCAUGUACUUUUUCCCUACCUUUUUACCCUUUGUGGAUGACACCUACUCUUUUGCCAUUGCCCCCAAGAUGAUUGUGGACUCCCUUUCUAAGAGUGACUCCCUCUCUGCCAUCUCCCUGGAAGGCUGCAUGGUCCAGCUCUUCGCUGACCACUUCUUUGGUGGAGUGGGCAUCAGCCUUCUCACGGUGAUGGCCUAUGACUGCUCAGUCACCAUCUGUAAGUCUCUUCACUACAUGACCAUCAUGGGGCCUCAGAUGUGCUGCCUUUUGCUGGGAGUGGCUUGGCUGGGGGUGGGGCGGUGCAUACAUGCAACAAUAUAACUUCUCUUUAUGUAUCAAGUACCCUUCUGUGGCCCUAACAUCAUUGAUCAUUUUACGUGUGAUUUGUUCCCACUGUUGGAACUGGCCUGCAUGGACACCGGCACCCUGGGCCUCUUACUCAUCCUCAACAAUGGGGUGAUGUGUGUCACCAUCUUCCUGAUUCUCGUCACCUCCUACGUGGUCAUUCUCUGCUCUGUGAAGUCCUUCAGCUCCAAAGGGUGGGAUAAAGCCCUCUCCACCUGUGGCUCCCACCUCAUGGUGGUCAUUAUGUUCUUUGUGCCUUGUAUGUUUUUGAAUUUGAGGCCUGUGGCCACCUACCCCAUAGACAAGGUGAUGGCUGUGUCUUUUACCAUCAUUUCUCCCAUGUUAAAUCCCCUUAUCUACACCUUGAGGAACACAGAGGUAAAAAAUGCCAUGAGGAAAUUGUGGAUGAAACAAGGGGCUUUGUGUGGUCAUUAG